UCUUCAGUCAGCUCAAUUCUGUCUAAAGUGGCUCGACAGUACGAAUCGGCACUCAAUACAAACUCCAUCUUUUUCUAUCCUUCAAAGGUAACAAUACUACCGCAAGAUGUCGAAGGAUCAUCAAAAUCCACAACGACAAUUCCAUGGACUAUACGUUGUGUGCCUGCACUUCUAGACAAAGCCAAAGAAAAGCAUCAACAAAAUUCAGAAUCAACAUCAGCAAAAGCUUCCGAUUUGACAAAAGAUGCCAAGAAGCAACAAAAUCCAAGCGAUGUCUUUGCUCCACCUUAUCAUCCCGAUCUCUUAGUGGAGGAAUUGCCAAAGCAUACAAUCUUACUAAAUAAGUUCUGUGUGGUUCCAAAGCACUUUUUACUGGUCACUAGAGAAUUCGCAUCGCAAAAUAUACCUCCUUCUCCCGACACUCUCACUAUCGCUUAUCGGAUAUUGCAGUCACACAAGGCAUUGGCCGCUCAACAUCAUGAUGAUGUAGCACAUGACAAAGAGCUUUUGGCAUUCUAUAAUUGUGGAAAAGUAAGCGGAGCAAGUCAGCCUCAUCAGCAUAUGCAAUUCGCCGAAUUAGGAGCUGAAGGACAGCAGCAAGACAAUGUACCUAUCCCGGUUGAAGAACUACUCUCACGUAUUCCACAAGACGGAAAAGAAGAUGAGGUAUAUGCACUUCCACUACCUUAUCAGCACUUUGUUUCCAUCAUUCGUCAACCGCCAACCGACGAUGCAGCUAAGCUUCAGGAUUAUCUCGGGAUGAAGUUGCUGUCUUUGUUGGACGCACAAUUCCAGGCACGUCUGGCUGCAUAUGAUGCCCACAAGGAUAAAGGCGUAACUACAGAUGAUCAUAGAUCCGCUCCAAGUUGGAACUUACUCUUGACCACUCGAGCCAUGCAUCUGAUACCGCGUAGACAGGAAGAGUUUGAUGGACUGCGACAGAGGGUGGACGAGGAAGGGAAGGAACACAAGGAGGAUGGUGUGGACCUGGUAGGAUCUUUAAGUAUCAAUUCUUUGGGGUAUGCCGGACAUCUGUUGGUCAAAUCACUAAGGGAAUUAGAAUAUCUACAAACACAUCCUGGUGGUGUGAUUGACGUCUUGCGUCAGACAGGAGCUCCACCCGUUGAAGAUGUAACC